AUGAUCUUGGUAUUCAUUCUGCUUACCCAAAAUGGAUCGUGUCAGAACCAGUGUGAAGAAUUAAAGUGUGGACGUCAUGGUCCUGUGGUUCGAUUUCCCUUCCGGAUCAAAGAUAGGCAUCCGGUUGAUUGUGGCUAUCCUGGCUUUGAUAUCACUUGUUCAGAUCACGACCAGCUCCUUCUUGACCUGCCUACACCUUCAGGUCCGGUAAGCCUCUCCGUCAGAAAUAUCUAUUACCGAUCUCGGAAAAUUGAACUAUUCAUUUCUAAACAUUGCUUUCCUCUCAAUUGUUCUGACAAUCAAGACAUGUUCUCUUGCCCAAUCCAUGUUGCUGCAUCCACUGACCAAUUCCUUGGCUCGAAUAUACUGUUCUGUACCAAAAUGAUUGAGAUUUCGUCAAAUCAACUGUAUAACAUACAGAAAAAUGCUUUGAAUCUCAGUUGGUCGAAACCCAAUUGUACUAGAUGUGAAAUUAAGGGACAGAUGUGUAAACUGAAGAACAAUGGAACCAAAGACGAUAUUGAAUGUCUCGACUAUGAUCACAAGAAACAAAUAUCAACUCGUAUAGCUGUUGCAGUAACAACAUCAGGUUCUGUCAUGAUCCUCCUGGUGCUCGUUGGACUCUUUCUAUUACAUAGACAUUUCAAAUUGAAAGGAGAGGAUAGAGUGAGACUUGAAAAGUUUCUAGAAGAUUAUCGAUCACUUAAACCUACUAGGUUCUCUUAUGCUGAUCUUCAUCGAAUGACGAGUGGUUUUAAGGAUACGUUAGGUGAAGGUGCUCAUGGAUCAGUGUUUAAAGGGAAGCUUUCAGAAGAAAUUUUGGUUGCUGUGAAGAUGCUCAAUAACUCAGAGGUGGAUCAUGGGAAAGAGUUCAUAAAUGAAGUUGGAGCUAUAGAUUUUGCUUCUGCAAGCUCUUGCUCAAAUUUCUUCUCUAGUUCCCCCAAGCUACAAAGACAAGAGAAGUACAGAGGAAGCAAAGUGAGAAUGAUGAAUAACAUUAACGAGGAAAAUUAA